UUAGUCAUAGAAGAACAUGAAAGUGAAGUCCUCCAAGUUGAAAGUAGGAUGGAAUGCUCUCUUGUCGGUGAACAAGAGCAAAGACAUUCAGCAGGUACUGAUAUAGUUUAUUAUGGUAGAUGUUAUUUAUUAUGAAAGUUAAUAAUAUACAGGAAAAAAGUUUGAACCACAUUGACAUUGCAGCAGCGCAGUUUUUUACUAACACAGUGCAAAAACGAGGUAACACAAACGCAAAUUUCUAGAUAAUGAAAAACUGUGAUUGGCUAAUAAAAGGUAAUAGAAAUAUAGAUCAGAACCAAUCACCUGCCACACCUUGGUGGCGGGAAACAUGCAUACUUAAUUUUAUCCUUUUUACACAAAAGCAGAAAGGGAAGUAACGCAAAUUUCUAGAUAAUGAAAAACUGUGAUUGGCUAAUAAACGCUAAUAGAAAUAUAGAUCAGAACCAAUCACCUGCCAUACCUUGCUGGCGGGAAACAUGCAUACUUAAUUUUAUCCUUUUUCUUUUGUAGUUAACACUUUUUUCUUUCCAUUUUAUUUUAUAAAUGUACUUGAUUAUCUUUAUUUAUUUAUUCAUUGUGGGUUGUGUUUUAUUUUAUUGUUGUUACCAACAUUUUGAAAUAUGAUAUAUAAAGGUGUAUGUAUGUGUGACAAAUAGGAAUGUUAAAACUUUCAUAAAUUAUAUAUUUUUUGGAUGGACUCAAAAGAGCAGCUAUAUAAUUCGUUAAUGAUGAGGCCUUUUCUCAUGUAUUUCAAGAAUUGCUGUUGUGGUUAAUAUGACAAGACAUCAUGUCUGUAUACAUAAUUCUGCUGACUGGUUUGUGGGAGUUUUUGUUUUGUUGGCAUUUGAUUGUACAUAUUAUAAGAAACCAUACAUUUAAGUUUGCAUUACUUUAAUUAACACACAGUUUAAAAAUACAUCGAAUUCAUAUAGAGAUAAUUAUUUUCCUAAUUAUAAUUGAUGAUUAAUAAUUGACUGGUUUGGUCACUCUGAUUAUUGGAUGACUGAUUUAUGAAAUCUCAGUCAAUAUCACUACUUAGAAAAUGAUUGUCAAGCCUUGUUGUAUUACCUUGAGUUUGGAAGGUAUAUGGUGUAUUUUCUUUUGAAAUCAGAUUUUGGGAACACUUCAAAAGAUACAGCAUUGUAAUAAUGAUAAUGCUUGUACAGUUACACAAACAGUUCUUAAGGGUGCAAAGAAACUCAGUUUUACAGUUUGACCUAUUUGGGCAGGCUGUAGCUUACAACUAUUAGCCCAAGAGUCACAGCUUUUUUUAUUAUGCUUCACCAGUUCCUGCAAUUGAAUACCCCCUCCAAAAAACACUUAUCCCUCAAGCAAGAUAAAAAAUACAAUCCACCAGCACCAUACUUUAUAUUAAUUGUGUAGUUGGUAAAUACAAAUAAUUCAUUCACUAGGAGAAGAGUUGGAAAGGGACACUCCUGUAGUAGAAAAUGGCCCAAUUGAGGAAGCAAGCAAUUCGCAGGGAACACAGCAAUCUCUUCCAGAAGAAAAUAAUUGUAGCCAGUUAGAAGAUGACCGUCUCAUUGCUAGAGCAAGGGCAGUUGGUGUGGACUAUGAGUUUGCAAAGCCUGGUGUAGUGGAAACAGAGGAUGACAGAAGAAAAAGAAAGCGGCGAAACCAAAGACGAAGAUCAGAACAAGAGAAAAGGUUGCGAGAUGUUGCUGGAGAUCUACCGCCACCUCCACCAGCAGGUUCAAGUCAGCAAGAAGAUAACGCAUACAGUGCUAUUUGUGCAUUUGAGGUGGAGGAGAUGACUUACGCAUUCAGUUUUUGUGAGGUCUGCAAGGAACGACGACUGGAGUUCAAGGGCACAAGAAACAUGUGUACUCGCUGCAGGAGAGAUAAGAAGGUACCAAAAGUUUGGUCUGGAGAGAAUAACAUGGAUCCAAUGGCUGUUCCUGAGAUUUUGUCUGACAUGUCAGAUGCUGAUAGCCAGGCUAGCACCUACCGUGCAUGUACACUUACUGAAGCAUGGAGGUAUCGCUUCAAAGGGGCAUUGCAUUGCAUUCCCACAGGCUGUGCAAGAACGGGCAACUAUUCUUCCAUGACUACCGGCAGAGGUGGAUAUCAUUCGCGCGAGACGACAAGGAAAAGAUGAUACCCAUAAGGACUUCAGGGUUAGAAGACACUGUGUCGAGGGAGCGCUUCGUUGGUUGAAGGACCUGCCUAUGAUGAUGUUGUUAUUGAUGGUGCUCGAAUACAGAAUUUACCUGAAGACGGUGAGUUGCCCAAUCUCAGAACUGUUGAGUUUUCUGAAACAGAACGGGUAGAUGACCAAGGCCCGGCACCACAGCAGUUGGAUGCUGGGGAAACAGAUUGUACUGAUGACUCUACAGUCUCUGGAGUAAUUCUUCCUGAGCCUGGCGUUAACGUACAAGCACAAGUUGAAGCAGCCGUAAAUGAA